UGCUGAGUACACUGUUCAAGUUCAGAACUGUUUACUUCCUCAGUAGUUCCGCCGAAAAUAUGAUGGCUUUUCGUUCCGGUGUUGAUGUGGAAUAGCCUUCUUAGCUUAUGAAAAUGGCCGUGCCUGCAGACGCCGUCCCUUCGUUGUUGCAGUGCCAGUGCCAGAUAUGCCUGGAAAUCCUAUUUGAACCUGUAACGCUGCCGUGUAACCACACAGUCUGUAAUCCGUGCUUUCAGUCGACUCUUGAAAAGGCCAAUUUAUGCUGUCCGUUCUGUCGCCGCCGGAUCUCUUCGUGGGCCCGCUAUCAUACCCGAAGAAAUUCCCUUGUCAAUAUGGAACUGUGGGAAACAAUUCAGAAAUACUACCCAAAAGAAUGCGGGCUUAGAGCCCGUGGACAAGACGCAGGGGAAAUCGUUGAUGACUGUCAGCUGGAUCGAGUAUUAAGUAUGCCUGGAGAAUUAAGAAUAGAGUAUGAAAAGGAGGUGAGGAAGAUGGAGGCAGAGCGUCGAGCUCAACAGGAAGAAGACGACAAAGCCAGUGAAGAAUAUGUAAAGAAAUUAUUGGCAGAGGAGGAAGAAGAGGAAAAAAGAGGACAAGCAGAAAAAAGGAAAAGAGAGAUGGAAGAACAACGGAAAAGGGCUGAACAACUGUCAGGAAAACUAAGCGUUAAUGUUUACAGACUCUGUGAGGGAAGUUACUGGGCUUCUCCCUCGAAUUCCAGAAAAGCUGAUUCGAUCAUAAUCGAGUCACGAAAGAAAAGUAAGAGCUAUCAAAGAAACACUGGAGUUAUUCACAAGUGUUUGUCACCGAAAUAUCAGUUUGGGUCAGCAUCAGGAUCUGAAGUGGUACAAGAAGACAGAAAAAGCCCCACGCCCAAGGCAACCGACAUUAUAGACUUGAGAAACCGUAUGGGGCAAAACACAGAAAUUGAAGAAGAUAUGCCAGCACUUUCUCCGCAAAUAUGCCUUCGCAUUGAAGAACUGGGUGCAACGUCUUCAGUAGAGACUCCAAUGCCUCAAUUAAGCACCUGUCAUUCAGAACAGUGCCUUGAAGGAGGAGUCAAAACAAGACCAAACAAUCGUGAUAAAGAAUUAUGUGCUGUAAAUCACAAGGAACCUAAAACCAGAGCUCCUUACUCUAGAGAAGCUGCAGUUAAGCCUUGUGGCAACACAGAGAGUGGGCCCAGUAUAUCUGGUAUGACACAGGUAAUUGGAAACAGCACAAUGGAGAGAGAAAAUGAAGAAAUUAACCUGUUGGUCAGAACUAACAGUAUUUUCAAAAUAAAAACACCAGGAAUUUACCUCCAAAGCAGUCAAGUAUCCAUGCCUCCUCCAAAAAGAAGGGAACUAUUCCCCAGAGCUUCCUCAGACAAAGGGGAAAAAGAAAUCAGCUUUACCCAGAAACUGAUGGAAUUGGAGCAUCUGUAUUCUGAGAGGCAUAAACAAGAACAACAGGACAGGUUAUUAGCAAUGAAACUUCAGAAAAAAAUGGACAAAGAAAUGAAGCCAAACCGGCAAAAAGGAACCCCAAAUGCAUAUCAGUUACGUUCUGCACCGUUUUCUCCAGACAAUUUACAAAAAGGACAGAAGAAGAAUUCCAAAGAUGGGACCUUCAAGAGACAAACUCAUAGGGAACAUUCAAAAUCUUGGAGAAGCUCAAGAAAUGAAAACCAGCAAUGUUCUUUUAAGACGAAAUGUUCAGCUAAUAUUAAUGGAAGAAGGAUGCCAAAUUCUGCUAGAGAUCACUGUAAUGUAUCUGAAAGUAUCCAUUCCCCACAGUCUAGUAAUUCAUAGAAAAAUAUUGUUCAAAUGUUUCAGAGAUACAAGAAGUAAUGCUUGGGUAAAGGUAUGUUUUGUGAUCUAGUAAGCCAGGAUUGUGAAGCUCCCUUUUUUGUUAUAAAAGCUUUAUGAAUAAAUUUUCUCUGUAGUUUGUACCCGUUGUCCUUAAGGGACUGUGUGAUUACAAGGGAAGAAUAUACUAAUGUGUUUUUGCAAAGCUUAGUGUUUAGCAAGGGUCCCAAUGCUUUCCAUUAUUAAUAACUGUGAUAUAUAUUAAGGUUGACAAUCCUUAUAAAGAUACUUUUGCCAACUUCAGCGAAUAAAUAAAGGAAAAGCAGCAACCUUCUUGGAGUUUGUUUUCUUGAGGCCUAAGUUCCUUGGAAGGAUAAUAAUGUUUAAGAGGAGGGAAGAAACGUGACAACAUUGAAAGUAGCAUAAAGGGGCUCCAGGGAGGAAAGUAAGGUUUAUAUGUUACAUCCGCCUGCUCCCUUGCUUUCCCUGAAGGAAAAUGACGACUUGGUACAAAUGGGAAGGCUGUUCCCCGUGUCCAGUUUGUAGCUUCUAUCAAGUUUCAUGCAUCCUAGGUGCUGGACACAGUGAAGCUAUACAAGUCGAAGGGGCUGUCUUAGUUAUCUAGCGCUGCUAUAACAGAAAUACCACAAGUGGGUGGCUUGAACAAAGAUAAAUUUAUUUUCUCACAUUUUAAGAGGCUAUUUUUUUUUUUUAAUUCAGGGUGCAAACUCCAGGGGAAGGCUUUUGCUCUCUCUUGGCUCUGGGGGAAGGUCCUUGUCAUCAAUCUUCCCCUAGUCUAGGAGAUUCUCAGUACAGGGACCCCAGAUAGAAAGGAUGCACUCCACUCCUGACUCUCCGUGCUUGGUGGUGAUGAGGUCCCUGUCAUGUCUGCUUGAUUCUCUCUUUUAUAUAUAAAAAGAGAUUGACUCAAGAUACAACUUAAUCCUAUAGAUUGUAUCCCGCCUCCUUAACGUAACUGCCUCUAAUCCUGUCUAAUUAAUAUCAUAGAGGUAGGGAUAAUCACAUCAGAUCACAAAAAAUGGUAGACAAGCACACAAUACUGGGAAUCGUGACCCAGCCAAGUUGACACACAGUUUUUGGGGACACAAUUCAAUGCACAACAGGGGCCACACUGACUUGGACCAUGG